AUGCUGAAGAAAAGGAUAGGAAUAAGCAUACUAGACUGUAAUUUCGGGAAUCUAGAGGAGGAGCUUGGGGAGCUGAAGAGGAAUGGGGUGACCAACAUCCACCUGGAUGUCAUGGAUACAACAUUUGUCAAGAACAUCACCUUUGGCCCGUGCAUAAUCAACAGGAUUCUUGAGCACGACUUUGUGUUCGAUGUCCAUAUGAUGGUCGAGUCGCCUUUAGAUAUUAUCAUGCAGAUAGAUCUCGAGAGGGUGUCCCUGGUGACGAUCCACAGCGAGGUUUGCGAUAAGGCAGGCGUUGCUGAGUAUCUCAGAAAGAGGAAUGUGCUGUUUGGGAUUGCACUCAAUCCUGAGACCCAAGUGGACGAUGCCGAGAUGAGGAGCGCCGACUUUGUCCUUAUAAUGAGCGUUAAGCCGGGAUUUGGAGGGCAGAAAUUUCAGGAGGAGUGCCUGGCAAAAGUGGAGGAGGUCCGGAGAUAUGGGAAGAUGGUUGGGAUUGAUGGAGGAAUAGAGAUGAGCAACAUUGGCCGGAUUACUGGGGCUGACUAUGCCGUGGUGGGAUCCGGAUAUUUCAGAUCUGGAGACAGAAAGAAGUUUCUGAGGGACAUUACCGAUGAGUUCCUCUGUGGCUCUUGCUCUGGCUGA